AUGGACGAUUCGGACCUAGGAGACAUUGCACGACAGUUGUCGGACUUGGAAGUGGCGCUGUUGCUCUCCCUUGUCGCAAAUGAACACUGCCUGUUCGAGACUACGGGCGGCUCGAUCGAUGAUCUUGCUAAAGAGUUAGCUCUGAUAUGCUCCAGCACCUUUGACCUAUCAUAUUGCAUCCUGGAUUGUUCUUUGACCACAUCUAUUGAGGACAUUCACUUUGAAAUCCUUACGGCGGAGGCUCGCAAGUCUCACGAGCGCCCCUCGUAUUUCAGGCUGAAAACUGGCUCCUCAAAUAAUCUUUCAUCGUACGUGACCCCGACGGAGCGAGACCGCAGCAGGUCUCCUGGUCCCAAGACCCCAGGUGAUGAAGGAAAUGUCGUAAAUGUUAUUAUUGCAAAGAACUUGAAUAUGACAAGUGAUGAUUUUCAAGUCCAAAUGUUGCAGUUAACUCGCGCUCGAAAACUGGCUACAGAAUCGGGGGUCUUAUAUACUCCUGCGAGCUUUACUCUGCUGCCAAUAGUGGUUCGCGAUGGUGACCAGCUUGAUCCACCACUCAAGACACACCUUAAUGAGCAUCUUUUUGUUUCCCAUUUCCAUGACCCAGCAGAUGGUUAUGUAUACCUUGAGAACGAUAGAGGGCUUUCUGAUGACCAUAUAUCUGUGUCAUCUGUCAUCCGCAAACCAAAUCCACUUCAAAAGAGUGCAAAAGUGGACCGAACAAUUAUAGACAGGCUCCGGGAAAUGAGCGCCACGGUGACAACAAACGCGGAGGUGGUUUGCUACAUCCAGGAUAUCGUUGUAUUUUUGCGCCUCAGUCGUGCUGUUGGGGGUGGGAUAUCUGCGAAAGCAAAUAACCAGCUGAAUAAAUUUGCAAGACUCCUGGCUCCGUUGCAUGGCAUUGACUAUUUGACACCCUCAAUUGUGGCGUUGGCCGCCAGAAAAGUGUUUCGCCAUCGUAUCAUCGUUACGACCCCUCGUGAUGACCGAAGUCUACAAUAUGGCAGUGACAUGGGGGCAGUCUCACAUGUUCUUGUUCAUGUUACGCCCGACUCAAUUCUCGAUGGUGUUCUAGCUUUAGAACCGCCAAUUUGA